AUGGUCGCAAAACAGAGGAUCCGUAUGGCAAACGAAAAACACAGCAAGAACAUCACACAGAGAGGGAACGUGGCGAAGACGCUGCGACCACAGGAGGAGAAGUAUCCGGUGGGGCCCUGGCUGCUGGCACUAUUCGUAUUUGUAGUGUGUGGAUCAGCCAUAUUUCAGAUCAUCCAGAGUAUCCGCAUGGGAAUGUGA